AUGGACGACUGGGACGAUGACGACGAAGAUGACCUCAUAGAAGCCCUGUCUAAGAAACCACCAAGGGAACCAAGUUUCGGGUCAACGCAAAGCUUUCAAAGAACGCAGAAUGAUCCCAAGGGCACCGAGACUCAGAGUGCCGUCGCUGUAAGCGCAGAAGAAGCCAAGGACAUUGAAAUGAAAUUGCUCAAGGCCCAAGGUGAGGCAAGCAUGCUGCGUGAUAAACUGGCUCUGUUCGAGGCAGAAAAGGAGCGUGAGCGUAAAACUCAAACCCAGAAACAGAAGGAAUUGGAGUUGCAGCAUCAGCACGAGCUUGAUUUGAUUAAGGCCGAUUUGCAGAAGGCCGAGGACGAGAAAAAAUUCCUUGCAUUCUCUGGAAGAUCAAGCCAUAGGAGUCCUGGACGGCAUGCUGCGGCCAACACACCUGAGGCGUCAUCCGGCGAGAGCGUCAGCGCAGCAACUAAAAAGAGAAAGUUAGAGGAGCCCCCUCGGCGCUAUAUCACACUAAAACCUAAUCGGAUUGUUUCAGACGAGGUGGACCUGUUUGUCAAUUCGGCCAUUUCACAUAGACUCGCGGGUUCGAGGUUGAGUACGCUGGAAAUUCUCAAUAACAUAUACCUUGGACAUGUCAAAGACUUCAAGUUCAAGAUCUUAGAUAUUGCAGGGGAUGGUCCAGUCGGAAAGGGUAUUUUUGACAUGCUGAUGAGCCACAUAAGGUCGCCCUUGAAGCUGGACCAAUUUAUCGAGAUACUUCUCGAGUGCUUGGCGAUGCUCAUCAAAGAGAUUUCUCAACAUGAAAAAGAAUGCGAUACAGCAGUGCCAUUUUUAGUUGCAUUAAUGCACCACUGCAUAACUUUCCGACCAAGCGCGAUCCAUACCAUGGCAUUGAAGGACCUGUUCAAUUUCAUGGUGGAUUUGAUACGUACUCAUAGAAGCGUGCUUAAAAGGCCGUUACGAAAGUCAGAUCUCGAACUGGACGUAGGUCCGGAUAUAUUCCAGUAUGAGUUUAUCAGGAUCCUUACAGUGCUAUACGCGUUUGAUGUUCUUGAGGAUGGUCUAAAGAUUGUUCAGUCGCUACCAGUGUCCUUCCAAGCGGCGUUCAUGGACGAUGCGUUUCGCGGAGCGGUGGAUGACAUCUCGCGCUAUUCUCUCACUAUAUCUUAUCAGCCAGUCAUUAACGUCAUUCACAACACGGUUGAAAUGUUCAACUGCAUAGCCAACAUGCUUCUGGAGGCACCGGAACUGAAAGAAAAGGUACCGGUCAGGUGGUGGGACAACAUAAUAAACCGCCUUUACCACAUUUUGAAUAAAGGUACUAGUAAUACAGCUAGGAAUGAACUGGAGCUAUCAACUCUUCAUCUUUUCGACGAGAUCAAUAUUUUUGGGCUUAUAAGAAAUAUUGGGGACAAUCACAAUGGCCAGCUCAUCUCGCUGCUAGUCAAGGAAAAUGAGCCGUGGCAUUUGCCGCGCGUUAUAAUGAGAGACUUCCCGAAGGAACAGGGAAUCACCAAUAGAGCUACAGAUGUUGAAUGGUGGGCUGUCAACAUGAAGAUUGGCAUUGUAAAGUUGUUCGAGAAACUGGCCAUUGCAUACCGGGAUGGCCCAGUCGAGAGAAACAUGCUGAAGGUUCUUGCACGCCUGCUGGCACAGACUCAGGAAGUAUUACUGACAGUGCUCCUGGGGGAAGAUUCCGAAAAUAUACACGUUUACUAUGAGUUCUUCUCGCAAACGCUGAAACUCAUAUACCACAUGUGGAAGAGCGGACAGUGGGAGCUGCGACUGCUGCGGGAGGCUGAGGCUGAGCUUACGGUUUGCUUGUGGAGAGUUGUAUUUGGAACCACGCACGAGGGGAGCCGCGUGGAGAUGGCAGAACACAAGACCUUGGCUGAUAGGUUCGACGAGCUUCGGCUGCAACAGGACGCAGAGCUGUACGAGGACGCGUUCGAAAACGAGGUUCCAGACUUUGUGGCGGAGGAGACGAGAGCACAGAGCUUUUCGCGUUUGAAAGAGAUCAUGGGCAUUGGAGCCGAGGAAACAACGAGGCAGAUGGCGAAGACCAUGCUGGAAGGAAUCACAUCGAUGGAAGACGCUGACGCGCUAUACAUGGCAAUGCAGGCCGGCAGCGCCGAGCUUGGGCCAUGA